UUUUUUUUGUUAUUAUUAUUUUGUUUUCCGCAUUCCCGCCCGUCCUCCUACCGUCGAACUUCGUCAUUACCAAACGCUAGGCUAGUUUCCCAGCGGAUAGUGACAGGGACGACAUCAACAGCUGCAACAGAUAAACUAUCGGGAACGAGUAUUGAAGCCAGUCAGCUUCUAGAUUUUCAAGGAGCAGCAUUGACGGUAUCGCUACCAAAGAAAGGAACUGGCAGCUAUAUUCAAACCAUUGACCCAUGACAUACGGCUGUUCAUAGUCACAAUACGCCAUCACGUCAGCAGCAGCCAAGCCCGUCUGUUGACAUUAAGCCCAAAAAAGACCUCAACUUGGCCCUGGAUUGAUAUAUUGCAAAACCCCAUCGAUCUCAACCUGAGCGUUUUUUUUUUCUUUUUUUUUCUUCUUUUUGGUGCGUCGUGUGCACCUUUCUCAGCUACAUAGUCGUCGUGGCGUGGCGUUUCUGCUCCCUCGUUUCGCCCAAGACACAAAAUCAAGCGAAUAGACAGGACGGACCAGCCGGCACACCCCUACCAAGGUUCCUCCCGUGUCCCUGUCCAAGGUCCAAUCCUGCCCAACCUGGAUCUGGUUUGGCUUCGACUGGGGUUCCCACUCGCACGGCACGCACCCCUCGCCGUCAGCCAGCAGUAGCAAAGACGCACGGGGUCGCUUCAGCAGCGGAGCCUGUCGACUUAAAUUCGGCCCGCGCGCACCGACUCUUGACUUCUUCAUACCACAGACCUCGCCAGUCAGCAUUGGUCACAUCAGGUUAGGUCAGGUCAGCCAUAGUCAUCAGCUUAACAAGCAGUGCAGCAUCCCUGCUUGGUGAUCCCGACGUUCUGUUAUCACGUUGCUUCACUGCUUCAACUCUCACCCAAGACUGUCGGCUCGUCACUAUUCAACUAAAGCCAGGAUUCUCACGACGCGCAGUCGGCGUUCUGGCGACCUCAGUCAUCCACCACCGUAGCAUGGCCGAUGACCUUCGCAGACGAGGGCUACAACCCCGCGAUCCACGCGACGACACACAGUAUCCCAAGCAAGAGGACGACGACAGACUGAGGACUCAACCACCACAACACCAUCGUUCCAACGGAUCCAACAUGGCCGCCGCCGGUCCUAUCACCCUUCCGUCUAUCCAUGACUACCCUCCCACUGCUCAAAGGGGACCUCCUCCACCCCAUGACCAGCCGCGGUCGGCGUACUCGCUAUCUCCCACCGAGAGCGACAAUGGACCUCCGCCACCCGGGCAAGCUUACCACCUCCCGCCAGUGCAUGCAAUCGACGGCAGGGGACCACCACAACCUCAAGACCCCAGGCAUCUCCAAGGCAGUCAUCGACCCGCGCAGGCCGAGCCAAGGAACCCCUAUUACCCUGGACCGCCACCACCGCCACGUCAGGGCGGUUACCCGCAAGAUGGUGGUUAUGCUCCGGUCUACACCUACCAUCAGGCACCGCCCGGGGCCAUAAUGGGACCUUUCGACUACCGCAACGUACCGAAUGCUCAACAGGCCAGCGCGCCCAGGCAGCGAACUUCUAUUGCUUGCCGGUACUGCCGGAAACGCAAGAUCCGCUGCAGCGGCUACCAAACUACAGCCGAUGGCAAAUGUAUGAACUGCAAAAAGACUGGAAACGACUGCGUUUUUCAGCCGGUUUCUAGUGGCACGACUGCCUUUGUGCCCGUCUCUGCUAUUCCUGGAGGUGUCGCACCUGGUACCCAACUCUUUGGUGCUUUUGGACAACCUCUUGGGCCUCCCCCGGGUCCCGGUCCUCACAAUGUUCCACAUCACCUGCAGCCUCCGCAUCCGAUGCAGCAGCCGCACCAAAUGCAAACGCCACCUCAGAUGCCACUUCCUUCGCCGACUGGAAGCUACUACGACGAGAGGAUGGAGGGCAGCAGGAGGAGGCCUCGUGGUCCUGAGGACGACCACCAACAUGGGCCACGCCUGCCGCCUCCUCACCCUCACCAGCAGGAGGAGGACCCCCGUAGACGCUCCCCUGCCUCUGCGCAGAGCAGCACUCCGCCAACUGUCUACCAUGCUUACUCACGCAACGACAGCAGCACCCCGCCGACUGCUCCCUACCACCAUCAGUCGCACCCGCUUCAGCACCUCCAGCACCAGCAAGCGCCGCCUCAUCUCCAGGCUCACCACCAGCAGACUGACCGCCCUAUGCCCGGUCAUUUUGCCCGCCGCGACAGCCCGGGAGCCGCACCACAGCCCCCGCAUAUUCAGCAGGGCCCUCCGCCUCCACCGCAGGCUCCGCGACAGCCCUCACCCAACCAGGCUACUUCGCCCUCUUCAAAGGGAAUCAUGAGCCUGAGCGCUCUCAUUGACCACAAGUCUGGUCCAUCGAGCAGCGAUCCUCGAGGCAACAACAUUGACAACUCAAUGCUCGGACGACUCAACGGCCGGCGCUAGAGGCAGCCUGAUCCUGGCGAGUUGGCCUUUGUCCAUAUGGCAGACCCGAUACCCGCUGUUGAAUCUGGGCCCGAGCGGAAGCAGAAGGAGCCGAGCGAUGCAUGCAUAGCAGCAGGCGCACCAUGGAAGAGACGACGUAUCUGAUGAUUAUACUGCGGGGGAAGUUUGGAGGAAAAGAGACCGGACCAAAGAAAGUGCCAGAUUUCCCCUGAGCAACCCAUCACUCCAUACCCAGAUUGCAUCAAACUCAUCUCAUGUUCGCCGAACGACGACUCGAGACAGUUCAUCACCGACCGAGGCCGUCGAAAGAGGUCUGAAUUACACAGACGGAGAGCAAACUACACCCAAGACUUGGUCAAUUUUCCCCAUUACGUAUCUGUCACGCCCUUGUGCUUUAUGACGAACACUACGAUUCCCCCUUUCGUUUUUGUUUCUCUUCAAUUUUUUCUUCUUUAGGCGGAGGAGUUUGACAAAAAAAGAGAAAAUAGUGACUCGAUGAGAAGAGUUGAAUCGCCUCACGGCGGACUGCUGGGGUUCGGUUGAUGAUGUAAAAACCCCCUUGAAUCUUUGUGUGUUUUCCUCUGGUUGAUACCAGAGCCAAAGAAGCUAAGCGAUCGCGCACGCGUCUUUUUAUUUAAAUGCUUGAUUGAGUGCUUUUAUUUUGCCGAAUUUAUGGCUGGGCGGAGGGCUUUUCUCGUCUUCUUUUGUUAUUUAUCACUCAAUAUGUACCCACUGGGGGGUCCUUGCAGUUCUUAUGGUGUGGAUUUGUUACUUUUUGGGAUAUCCCAACAGGGCUCACCUGUUAGCAACUACUACUUUGGUGUCUUUUUGGUCAUAUUUCUGUUUGGAUGCUAGCAGGCGUCGCUUUUUUGAUCGCCAGCCAAGAAUGCUGAGUUUCUAUGAACAAAUUAUCAGAGCAGAGCCUCUUUUUCUUUUAUUCGUGUGUGUGUGUGUGUGUGGGGGGG